GGAUGGCUUGCUUCCGCUAAGCAUGAGAAGACACUGAUUGGUCAAGGUGGCAAUGGCUAGUUUGUUCCUAUCCAACGAUCCUCACAAGGGGCGGGGUUUGAGUAAGACGUAUGUCCAAUCAGCGACGUCGUUGCUUUUGCGACUCCACGUCGGCAUCAGCUGCGAGGCAAGAUGGAGGCGCUGAUUUUGGAACCCUCCCUGUAUACUGUCAAAGCCAUCCUGAUUCUGGACAACGAUGGAGAUCGACUUUUUGCCAAGUACUAUGACGACACUUACCCCAGUGUGAAGGAGCAAAAGGCCUUUGAGAAGAACAUUUUCAACAAGACCCACCGGACUGACAGUGAGAUUGCUCUCUUAGAAGGCCUAACCGUGGUGUACAAAAGCAGUAUCGACCUCUAUUUCUAUGUGAUCGGCAGCUCCUAUGAAAAUGAGCUGAUGCUCAUGGCUGUCCUGAAUUGCCUCUUCGAUUCGUUGAGCCAGAUGCUGAGGAAAAAUGUGGAAAAGCGAGCUCUGCUAGAGAACAUGGAGGGGCUCUUCUUGGCCGUGGAUGAAAUUGUAGAUGGAGGGGUGAUCCUAGAGAGCGAUCCUCAGCAGGUGGUACACCGGGUGGCAUUAAGGGGUGAAGAUGUCCCCCUGACGGAGCAGACUGUGUCUCAGGUGCUGCAGUCGGCCAAAGAGCAGAUCAAGUGGUCGCUCCUCCGGUGAAGACCCCACCGUCCCUGGCUCCUCACCCCUCAGAAACUCCACAUGGCUGCUGUGACUUCUCCAGUCCCCGAGCGAUGCUGUCAGGGUCACCUCAGGGAUCACAAGGGAUCCUUCAGUCUCCACCUUCUCUGUGGCUGGCUCCUACUCCUCCAACCCUCCUGUGCACAUCCCGUUCCUUCUCCUUCUAAAAUCCCGCCAGCAGGCCUGGAGGCCAGGCAGGGGACACGCCUGUCACCUUUCUGGAAAGAAUGCUCCCGCGCUGUCCUGACCUUCCCCCCCAUUCCCGGCGUGUUCUGCUCAACUCCCUGCAUCCUUUGCUGUACAUGCUGCUCAGAUCAAAGCUGGAGAAGGAA